CCUCCCCGAGCAGGAAGCUCGCGCUGCGCUGUGCUGCAGCUGCUCGGCUCUCCAGGCGCGUCCAGACCCGCUGAGCUCGGCGCGCCGUCCCGGACCCCGCGGCGGCCGUCCCCACGAGGACAGUGACCCCCGCCACUUCACCUGCCUCCCCGCCCGCUUCCUGCCACCUUGCCAGCCCCGGCGAAGGGCCCGCGAGAAAGCUGAGCCUGCCCUCCUCCCGGCCCCGCAGCCCUCCCGUCUCCUUGCGCGCCAUGGAAGCCGCGGAACAGCAGCUAGACCCCGACGGAAGGGGCGCCUUGGGCCACGAGCCGGGGGACAGCCCCCAAGAAGAGCUGGACUUCUCCAUGCUCUUCAACUAUGACUAUAUGAACCCUUCUGAAGAAGAACCGAAUGCACAUAAGGUCGCCAACCCACACUCCGGACUUGCGUACCCUGAUGAUGGCCUGGACUAUGGCCUCAAGCCAUACAGCCCCCUCGCCAGUUUCUCUGGCGAGCCCCCGGGCCGAUACGGAGAGCCGGAUAGGGUGGGGCCCCAGAACUUUCUGAGCCCGGCCAAGCCAGCGGGGGCCUCGGGCCUGAGCCCUCGGAUCGAGAUCACUCCGUCCCACGAACUGAUGCAGGCAGGGGGGCUCCGAGUGAGAGACACUGGCCUCCCCGGGGAGCAGGCGUCGCUGGCGGGGGUGGCCGCCAGCCCGAGGUUCACGCUGCCCGUGCCCGGCUUCGAGGGCUACCGCGAGCCGCUUUGCUUGAGCCCCGCUAGCAGCGGCUCCUCUGCCAGCUUCAUUUCCGACACCUUCUCUCCCUACACCUCGCCCUGCGUCUCGCCCAAUAACGGCGGGCCCGACGACCUGUGUCCUCAGUUUCAAAACAUCCCUGCUCAUUAUUCCCCCAGAACCUCGCCAAUAAUGUCACCUCGAACCAGCCUCGCUGAGGACAGCUGCCUGGGCCGCCACUCGCCCGUGCCCCGUCCGGCCUCCCGCUCCUCGUCGCCUGGUGCCAAGCGGCGGCAUUCGUGCGCCGGGGCCUUGGCUGCUCCGCUGCCCGGAGCCUCGCCCCAGCACUCCCGCAGCCCCUCGCCGCAGCCCCCGGACGACGGGCCCCCCCCCGGCUACCCCCCAACAGCCGGCUCUGCCGUCCUCAUGGACGCCCUGAACAGCCUCGCCCCGGACUCACCCUGUGGGAUCCCCACCAAGAUGUGGAAGACCAGCCCGGACCCGCAACCCGUGUCCGCCGCCCCGCCCAAGGCCGGCCUGCCGCGCCACAUCUACCCGGCCAUGGAGUUCCUGGGGCCCUGCGAGCAGGAGGAGCAGCGCAGGAACUCAGCCCCUGAGUCCAUCUUGCUGAUGCCGCCCACCUGGCCCAAGCAGCUGGUGCCUGCCAUUCCCAUCUGCAGCAUCCCGGUGACCGCCUCCCUGCCCCCGCUGGAGUGGCCACUGUCCCACCAGUCCGGCUCCUACGAGCUGCGCAUCGAGGUGCAGCCCAAGCCGCAUCACCGGGCCCACUACGAGACGGAAGGCAGCCGCGGGGCCGUCAAAGCCCCCACCGGUGGCCACCCUGUGGUUCAGCUCCACGGCUACAUGGAGAGCAAGCCCCUGGGGCUGCAGAUCUUCAUCGGGACGGCCGACGAGCGCAUCCUGAAGCCCCACGCCUUCUACCAGGUGCACCGCAUCACGGGGAAAACCGUCACCACCACCAGCUACGAGAAGAUCGUGGGCAACACCAAAGUCCUGGAGAUCCCACUGGAGCCCAAGAACAACAUGAGGGCGACCAUCGACUGCGCGGGCAUCCUGAAGCUGAGGAACGCGGACAUCGAGCUGCGCAAGGGCGAGACGGACAUCGGCAGGAAGAACACGCGGGUGCGGCUGGUUUUCCGGGUGCACAUCCCAGAGUCCGGCGGAAGGAUCAUCUCCCUGCAGACCGCGUCCAACCCCAUCGAGUGCUCCCAGCGCUCCGCCCACGAGCUGCCCAUGGUGGAAAGACAGGACACCGACAGCUGCCUGGUCUAUGGGGGCCAGCAGAUGAUUCUCACCGGACAGAACUUCACGGCCGAGUCCAAAGUCGUGUUCACGGAGAAGACCACAGACGGGCAGCAGAUCUGGGAGAUGGAGGCCACGGUGGACAAGGACAAGAGCCAGCCUAACAUGCUGUUCGUCGAGAUCCCCGAGUAUCGGAACAAGCACAUCCGCACGUCGGUGAAGGUGAACUUCUACGUCAUCAACGGGAAGAGGAAGCGAAGUCAGCCUCAGCACUUUACCUACCACCCAGUCCCAGCCAUCAAGACAGAGCCCACAGAUGAAUAUGACCCCACCUUGAUCUGCAGUCCCGGCCACGGGGGCCUGGGGAGUCAGCCUUAUUACCCACAGCACCCCAGGGUGGCCGAGUCCCCCUCCUGCCUCGUGGCCACCAUGGCCCCCUGCCAGCAGUUCCGCUCAGGGCUCUCGUCGCCCGACGCCCGCUACCAGCAGCAGAACCCGGCGGCUGUCCUGUACCAACGGAGCAAGAGCCUGAGCCCCAGCCUGCUGGGCUACCAGCAGCCGGCCCUGAUGACGACCCCCCUGUCCCUCUCGGACGCCCACCGCUCCGUGCUGGUGCACACCGGCUCCCAAGGCCAAGGCUCGGCCCUGCUGCACUCCUCGCCGGCCAACCAGCAGGCCUCGCCGGUGAUCCACUACUCGCCGACCAACCAGCAGCUGCGCUGCGGGAGCCACCAGGAGUUCCAGCACAUCAUGUACUGCGAGAAUUUCGCACCCGGCACCGCCAGGCCCGGCCCGCCCCCCGUCAGUCAAGGUCAGAGGCUGAGCCCGGGCUCCUACCCCACGGUCAUUCAACAGCAGAACGCCACAAGCCAAAGAGCCGCCAAAAACGGACCCCCGGUCAGUGACCAAAAGGAAGUAUUGCCUGCAGGAGUGACAAUUAAACAGGAGCAGAACCUGGAUCAGACCUACCUGGAUGACGAGCUGAUAGACACACACCUUAGCUGGAUACAAAACAUAUUAUGAAACAGAAUGACUGUGCUCUUUGAUCCGAGAAAUCAAAGUUAAAGUUAAUGAAAUUAUCAGGAAGGAGUUUUCAGGACCUCCCACCAGAAAUCAGACGUAGAAGCAGCCCUUAGCAAGACACCCUCCGGACCCGACCCCUCGGAGCCUCCCACUGCCCCUCCCCCCCGUCCUGACUGCACCUGCCCGGGGGGCCGGAGCGGGCACUCGGGCCACCGGCUGGCAGAGAGCUGACGGCCCCCCUUCAGGAGCUCGCCACCUCACCCUGGAAACACCAGCAAGGACACUCUGCCUUUUGAUUUUUCAUGUUUUGCUUUAAAUCCCAAAGAGCAUCUCGGUUGACUUCAAUGGUGUCCCACCCAAACCUUAAGUGCCUGCUGACCCAAACCAUAUUCUGAGCAAGACAGCACGCUGGACGGCCCCCCGAAAGCAGGGCUCUGGGGCUCGGGGUGCGGGCGGGGUUGGGGGGGAAUGGAGGACGCAGCCCCGGGUUCGUUUCCCAGCUCCGGCGCCUUGUGAAGGCAAGGAGGUCCCACUCGGAGCAAACAGAGGAGCGCGGCCCCGAGUCCAGCUCACGGGCUGAAGAGACAGAGAGAAGCCCGCCCGUCACCUUCAGGGGCCACCCGUUCACGCCACAGUGGGGCCACAGCUGCUGCGUCUUUUUUAGAUUCUCAUUCUGAAGCGAACCUGUCUGCCCCGUACGAGAUCACCCGCUUAAACUUCUCGGUGUUAAGUUAUGGCAUGUAUAUGCUUAUUCUGCCCGCUUCAGAGAGCUGGCCAAGGCGGCUGGAGGUGGCGCCUUGCUGGCCAGCGGCUCCCCACCCUGCAGCCCGUGGGCACGGACCCGAGAAGGGGGCCUGGGCUGCAGGGUGCGCUCCGGCACUGCAGCCCCCACCCUCAUGGCUUUUCUGAUGUUCCCAGUUCCCGCUUUCGUUCUUCCUAACAGCCAGGUGCUUUUCCUUAAAGCAGUUAAGAAGAUUCUCCAGCAUGUGCAUUGCAUUCUCAGAAGGAAUGGCAGAGGGCUGAAGCAAUUCCCCCUUCCUCUCCCCACCCCCACCGUACAGGUAUUUUUGUGAAGUGAUUGUGAAAAGAGGCAACUGGCAGGCCUCCGUGUUUCUGUGAGUGUGCUGCCCUCUCUGGCCUGGACUCAAAGUGGGGCACUCAAGGUCAGGAUUUGGCCCGAAAGGUCAUUGGUUGUUUGGAGCCGAACGCAUUGAAAGCCCCGCUGGGCCCCCAGAAAGACCCGUCUGCAGUAGCUGCCUGGUCCAGCACAGGACCCACCUGAACAGGAGCAGGUCCACCCCGGGGGCGGGGCGGGGGACAUCCCCCUCAGAUGGACCCACCAGGUGUAUGGCAGGUGUCACACCCCUCCCCCACCUCGGCUCCUCUCCACCGAGCACACUGCGUCCUCCAGAAUCUUCCUCCUCCGGUGCAGUGUUUGCUAACAAAACCCUCCAAGUUCUUAGCAGGUGAGCUUCCAUCACACAGGUGUGUUUUGUGCACAGGUGCUGCAAACCCCCCAGGACAAGCUGGGGAUUCGCGGCUCAGCCGCUCAGUUGCUGCCCUGGCGACGCACGGCGCAUGCGCACGCCCCGCACUCCGCGGAAGGCCGCGCUGCCGGCGCUUCCUAAUCCGGUCUGCCGGGCAGAAAGCCUGAGGAGCUGGGGGUGGCAGUUCAGGGCCCACUGGGGGUUUUCUGAGCGCUUUUUCAUCCAGGUUGCCCAGAGGUAAAGCCUUCCCGAGAGCCCGGCCGGAGCACAGGGCCUGGUGCGCUUGGUGCCCCAGAGAGAGCGGACAGAAGGCCCAGGCGGGGGCCUUUGCACGUUCCUGUCUGUAGCCUCUUGCCCCAGAUGGAGCAUUUAUUUCCCCCAACAACAGGGGCGCUCUCCGCCACCCGCCCAAGCACCUCUUUUAAACAGAUAGAAGGCCGGUAAGAGGGUGACCGCUGCCGCAAAGCUUCGGGGUGCACAGAGCUGCCCGAUGAAAAAGCUCCUUCCACGGGCAGUUGCAAGGAAAGAUGUUUCUCUGCAGCUAUGCUGGCUGCACCGGGGAACUCGAGUUCAAGUGUUCCGCGAGUGAUUCAUUCUCACUUGACCUGGCUGGGAGCCUUUUUUUUUUUUUUUGCACAUGAGGGAGUUUGGCCUUUCCUCAGUUAUGAGUGUUUGACCGAAGUGCCUUCCUGCUAUUGUAGCAAAGUCGCUCAGCUUCACGGAGGAGCGCGGGGUGAAAAGGGAUGGAUGCAUUUUCCGUCACCGUCUUAGCUGGGGCGGUGACGAGGACCUCCUGUUGGUUCAAACUCCCGUACGUGCGCACGCGCACAUGAACCUGUGUGCGCAAGACUCGCACCCGGAUCGUCUUUUUCAAAGACAUCUGAGCUGGCUAUUACAGGAAUAAACAACUAUACCAACAGCAAAGGAAACAGAGGCAAAGGCGUUUGUUUCUGAGAUGCAAACAGGCAGGAGGACACGUUACGGAACGGAUAGCGACCCAGAAAGUUUCGUCAGUUACAAAGGCCAGGAGGGAAUUUCACCCCGACCGAAUGCUCGGCAACUGUUUUCGGGAUGAAGAGGCCCCCGAAUCCUCCAAGAGAAGGAAGAAGCAAGAUGUCUUAAGUGGCGAAGGUGUGUGGGCGUUGCACAUGUGUUAGAAGGAUCUCUGUCGGGUGGAGGUUUGCACGCGCUACAUUCGAGGUAAAUGAAACACGUAGCACUUCCAACCGGAACCUGCCGCGUUGCUGCAUGUCGCCUCAAGACUGCCAGUCUUCCUGCGUUGUACAGAAAUGCUGCUGCUUGAUAAUAUAUAACGGCCACCCAAAUUGAUUAGUAUGUUAUUAAAUUUUAUUUUCUUAUCUGUAUUUUUAUGCUUUUUAUCUGUCCUCAAAAAUAUCGCACCCCUGUUGGAAUUAGGAAAAGUAUUUAUAAACGGUCAGAAGUCUUGUUUUCACGUGUCUCUCUCUACAUGUACGUUGACUUUUUUUUUCUUGCCUAAGAGAAAUGAUGUAUUCUUGAAAAUGCGUUAAUCAUUCCAGAAAACCCCGACCCCACCCCAGAGCCUGUCAGUCAGCCCCCAUCUCCCGGACUGAGUCCUCUCUGGAGAAAAGGGGGGGGGGGGUGUUUUGGGGGCAGAAGGAGCCACCCGUUUCCUGCCCCGGACGACGCUGCCUGACUUCCGCUGUGAGCCCCGGUCUCGACCCCGAGGAGAGCGCUCUGAAGCGUCUCGGUCCCCCACCGAGUAGAUGCCAUCCUCCAACGCCUGCCUGUGUCGUCGUGGGACUCUAGAGGGCUCCUGCCUGCAGGAGCAAGUGCAGGCCAAUGUUUACAGAGCCGGCCGCCUCCCGGUCGGUCGGCCCGCAUGCACCGCCCAAAGGGCGCCCCAAGUUUCCCAGAGCGGACGUGGCCUCGGCUCGGCCUCGGGUGAAAGGAGCUGAUUCCUUCUAAGAACUGGAAAGCCCGGGUGCAGCCUGCCCUUCCUGUUUACGGCCAGGAGCCAAGCCCCGGCGCGGGCAGCUGCCCCCCGAGACGGCGCGGAAGCCCACGUGUCCUCACUGUCACUCUGGACUCCAAGGAGGCAGACUUUGUUUGGUUUCACGUCAACAGACACUUCCCAAGUGCUUCCCAUUCUGCAAAGCUGACGGGACGUCAGGGGUCCGGUUAACAACGCUGUUCCCUCAGCAUGUACAAGAAAGGAGCUCGGGGCUGUGACAUCCUGGACGAGCAGGGGCGACACUGCCCUGAACUUGUUUUGUGGGAGGGGCGGCCCUGCGGCGGGCACCCGGCACAUCUGCUCCCGGCUCUUCCCGGCGUGGGGCCUGGGCAUGCUGUCUCACGGGGCCGGACCGGGCGUUUCCCCGCACCCCAGCCACACGCUUCGGAAGACGGGGACGGCGAGCAUCGCUUUCCCUCGGCUUUCACCAGUGCCUUGAGUUACAGCCAACAUCACUGUCCCAGUCCAGUCUGUUCAACACACUCUUCCGGUGCUCGGUGAGCAUGAGUGCUCCCUGAGGAAGCUCCUCCAAGACCAAGACAGGGUGCUGGGUGCUGGGAGCCAGGCGGAGCGCUCAGCCUCGGUGACCAGAAUAAACUCCACCUGCCUCUUUCAGGGACAGGCUGACCUGGACACAGAGGAUGCCGCCUCCCCGAGAGAAGGGGCUCUCAGCAUUCUGACUGGCUGUGGCUGGAAUGAGCUCAGCAUCCUGAACGUGUGGUCAGAGACUGUCACUUAUCCCGGCUGCCUCUGCUGCCUCUGCUGCCCCCCGGAGCGGGGAGGAUGCUGAGAACGUCCUAGCGAGGUCUACCCCAAAUCCAACUCUCCAGCCGGCGGUGCUGGGAGGCUUAGGUUUUGAAAAUCUUGACUGUUAAAGGCCUUUGAAUACAUCACAUUCCUAUGCAAAAACGUUUUUAAUCUCCAGUUUAAUGUAGUUUAUUUUUGCUAUAUGUAAAGUAUUUUUAUACGGCUUGUAUCAUGAUAGAGUAGCAAUAAAACAGUUGAAAGCA